CUUUUCAGUUCCUACGUUGCUCAGCAUUUGUGCUUUCCUACAAUUUCGACCUUUCUUUGCUUCUUCCAGACAGAAGUAAUACAUUGGGGAAAAAUAGAAAAACAUUGUGAUAUACUUUAUCGAACUUCAGGGUUUCUCGAACGUUACUCCAACGCAGCUUUGCCGUGAAGCACGUAGUGUCAUAUCAGGGGGGCGUUUGCUUAGGCUGAAUGUUAUUAGUUAGUAGAAAGACUUUGAUUCCUCAUGAUAACCAUGUACGAUCACCACACGAGGAUUUUUAGGAUUGUGAAUUGGGAUCUUUUCCCAGCAAUCAUCUGGUUUAAUUUAGCAUAUUUUGUUGCUAAUUAUUCAUCGAUUUGUUCAAUUCUGAUGGUUGCAGCUGGAUUUUCACAAUUGGUUCGCGUCUACUACGACUCUCUUUCCAUCACACCAAGAGGGAAAGGAGUUGUAAUCACUGGAUGCGACUCUGGUUUCGGACAUCAGCUAGCAGAAAAGUUACAUUCUAUGAAUUUCCACGUCUACGCUUGCUGCUUGGAUGAAAAAAGCAAAGGAUCGUUGAUUCUGCAUAACAUAGGCAAACUUACCGGUAGGCUGCACGUCAUUCACAUGGACGUUAACAGCCAGAAAGAUGUGGACAACGCUCGUGAUUAUGUGGAAAACUGUCUUCCGGAAAGUGGUCUGUGGGCUAUCGUUAACAAUGCCGACCGCUACGAUGUUGGAUUUUUGGAAUGGCUUCCAGUUGAAACCUACGAAACACUCGCGUCAGUGAAUUUGUUUGGUGCCAUCCGAGUGACGAAAGCUUUUUUACCGCUGAUCCGCCAAAGCCAAGGAAGAAUAGUUAAUGUUUCUUCCAUCCUGGGUCGCGUGGCAGCUCCUUUCCUGGGAGCUUACUGUAUUACGAAACACGGAAUUAAUGCAUUCUCCGAUGUCCUUCGGCUCGAGAUGAAACCUUUCAACGUUCACGUUAGUACCGUUGAGCCAGGCAAUUACCUCUCGUCCGCCAACAACAAUUCCUGCAAAGACGACUUGAUUAUUAUGGCUAGACAUAUGUGGAACAAAUUAGACGGUUCUCUUCAGAAAGACUACGAAAGAGAUAGUUUAGAGAGACAACUUCGAAUCGGUGAAUUGCUUCUGGAACUAUCGAAACGAAACGGCAGUUUUGUUAUCAACGCGAUGAUUGAAGCGCUUUACAGAGCACAUCCCAAAAACCGCUAUUUGGAAACCUCGCUGUUCGACAAGUUCUUGACUAUUAUGAUUUAUUUCUUGCCUACCUCCUUGAUUGACCGGCUGAGAGUCAUGUUCCACGCUAACUUACUAAGUGAUAUUCGUUAGGGCUUGCAUCUUAUCUUACUUGUUAAUUCUGUG